AUUUCUAAUGUUCAUUUCACGGACUAAUUUAAUCCUCUUGUUUUUCUUUCUCAGAACUGCACUCUUUCACCGGCAGAAAGGAAUUCUGUGUUUUGACUACUCACCUGAGCUCAACGUUCUGGUGACUGGAUGCUUCGAUCGGGUUGUGAGGGUCUGGAACCCCUAUCUGACCAAUCAGGCCACAUCACAGAUGAAAGGUCACAGCACCGUCAUCACUCACAUUGCUGUCAACGGCAGAGACAACAAGAUCAUCAGUGUGUCCAAAGACAAGGUCUGAUGUCCAGCAUUAUCACUAUAGUGACACUCAAUGUCACCCGUUGACUACUCAGAUUUGUAAUGCUCAUUUAGACUACAAAACAGGUAAGGGUCGUUUCUUUCUGUUCCAGAAUGUGCGGGUGUGGGACCUGCAGAACAGUGUCUGCCUCCAGAACAUCCAAUCCAGGAACGUCAACAUGGGCUGCUUCCCCAUCACCAGCACCUACUAUAACCACACCAGUAACACCAUGGUGAUGGCCACGUCCCUAGUGUGUGUUCGAUAUUGCCUUUAACAUGUGUACUCAUACACACUCUAUUGGUUGUACAAGGUUCUUUGGUAUUGCUGUGUAUUUAUUUCCUCAUGUUUAUGUUGUGCUGGGCAGAUUGGAGUUCUUCGAGGGUCUGUGGAGGAUGCAGACAGCUCUGUACCCACAGCUACAACAUCACAUGAACAACCACUCUGUGCUGCUCUCUACAACUCCAAUUUCAAACAGGUUGGUGAUGGUUCGGUACUUGGGAGUGAGGUAAGGUCAGCUAAGAGAUGAUCAUACUACUUAUUGAAGCUAGGUAAACCCACCUUCUCUCCACUGCUCUGUGCCCAGGUGGUAAGUGGGUGUCAUGCGGGCAUGGUCAGUGUGUGGGACAUCCUGAUGGGGGAGAAGGUAAUGCAGUUCCAAACGACCCCUGAGCGACCUGUUGAGGUCACUGCCAUGGCAUUCGACGGGCCUAAACGCCGCCUCAUCACUGGGUCUAAAGACGGCACCCUGCGUGUCUGGAACUUCAACAACGGGGCUCUUAUCUCUGAACUGCCCCUGGUGGACAGCAAUGAGGUACUACGCUGUAUCCUGCAGGGCACUGAUCCCUAGUGACAGACCAGACUUGUCUUUCUUACCACCAAGCACUGCCAUUCGAGGACAGAAACAAUACUUACUGAAAUGACUUGUUGGCAGGUUACAGGGAUUCUGUACAUCAACGAGAGGAUUUAUGUAUCAGGCUGGAGCAAACGGGUUAUGUGGUAUCUGGACGAUAAGGAGGAGGAUACGAUGGAGCACCGUGUGUGGGACCAGUACCACUCAGACGACAUCUAUUCCAUGCACGCCCACGGCAGCAAGAUGCUGGUGACUGCCUCCUACAGCGGUGACAUCAUUGUCUGGAACAUAGAUUCAGGACAAGCCUUCUGCCGUUUCAACGCUAGCGAGAGCCCCCUGCCCCUCAUACCCAUACGGGUGAUAGAGAAACCAGGCCAGGUGGUGACUGUUAUGAGUCCAGACGGUUUGGGGAAGGAGGAUGAGGACGAUGUGUGGCUCCGCUCUAUGGUGGAAUUUCUUGAGACCGUGAGCCAGACUCUCAACCCUCAGGCUCGUCGUCCCAGCUGUGCCAACCCUGCCUACACCAACGUCAUACAGCAAAUCAAUCAAGCCCGGCGUUGCAGUAUUCCAGAGCCCCCUCCUGAUCCUGUGAUUCAGGGGCCUCGCGCCAACAUGCGACAUGGCCGGAGGGGUAGCAUCUCGGCUCCAGUCUCUGCUUUACUGCCCCAGUCGGUCACAGUCUCCAUGGGCAGGCGGACGACACUGCUGCCCAGACACAAGACCAAGACCAUCAACCUAGACGAGCUGGAGAAGCCUCGGUUUGCAGUGGAGAAGGUGUUGUUUCUGGCCACCCGUGAGCGUAGCCCUGACACGGCCAUCCUCCUGACCAGCUCAGCAGACGGCUACAUCUACGCCUGGUCUAUCAGCCGUAACGGAGGGCUGCUGGGGAAAUUCCGUGCCGUGCAUAGCAAGGGGCCAAUCAUCUGUGCCAUGUCCACUGACAGACAGGACCAGAUACUGCUCACUGGAGACAGCAACCUGUGGGACAUUGAGAAGUACUGUUACCGUAUGAGGGGCAGGGUGGCUGAGGAGGAAUCAUCCAAUGAGGACUCUGAGGUUGCCUCAACUCAUACCUCCGUACUGCAAAGUGGAGGGACCACGGAGACUGGUGGUGGAGCAGGACAAAGAGAUUUUGCGGGGAUGGAGUGUGUCCCUGACCCCCCCUAGGCCCCUGAGUUCCUGGCGCUGCCACCUAAAACGGAUUGUUCAUCUUGAAUAUGUGGAGCGUUUCCGCCUCAUCGUCACAUCCAGCCUGGACUGUAACGUACGUCUGUGGACCAUCGCUGGCAGUUAUAUCGGUACAUUUGGGCAGGGCCUGUGGCGGGUGGGCGACCCCAACGCCCUCCACACAGAGCUCCCUGUGGACCUGAAGAGGAUGGGGUCCUGUCAGACACUUAAAGUCCUUAAUGAGGGGAAGUACCCGCACUGGAGGUG